UCCGAGUUCUAACCUGACCAAUUGUCCUAACUUGAGUUUUGAACUUAUUUAGGGUCUUGCUUUUACGUUUUCCUCUGUUUCUGCUUUUGACUUCCAAAACCAUGGAUGAACAAAUGAUCGCAAAACAAAGAGCCAAUAGCUCAGACUACUUUGGCCGCGAAGGAAGUGAAUUCAAGAGCUUCGGAGUAUGCCUCAAAUGGGUGUUCGUGGAUCAGUCCAGCAUAUGGAGGACCGGACUUUCAUGGUCCGUCUUCUUCGUCUUAGCCAUUGGUGUACCACUCGUGUCUCACUUUCUCCUCGCCUGCUCGGACUGCGAUGCCAAUCACAGCCGCCCUUACCAUGUUGUCUCCCAACUUUCGCUUUCCUUGUUCUCGGUGCUCGCAUUCGUCAGCCUCUCUAUCUGGACUCACAGAUACGGUUUAAGAAAGUUUCUCUUCCUUGACAGGUUAUAUGAAUCAAGCGAGAAAGUUCGCCAUGGAUAUAAACAACAGUUCCAGAAUUCGAUGAAGCUCCUUUGCUUGAUCGUCAUCCCCUGUUUUGUAUUAGAGUGUGUCUACAAAAUAUGGUGGUACGUCUCGGGAGCAAGCGAAUUGCCGUACUACGGCAACAUCUAUUUGAGCAACAGCAUUUUGUGCACGUUGGAGCUGAUUUCAUGGCUUUAUCGAACCACGAUUUUCUUCCUCGUUUGUGUUCUGUUCCGGCUCGUUUGCCAUCUUCAAAUACUUAGACUACAAAAUUUUGCACAAGUUUUCCAAGAGGAGACCGAGGUCGAGUUGAUCUUGAUGGAACACCUCAAGAUCAGACGGAACCUCCGGUCAAUGAGCCAUCGGUUUCGCAUAUUCAUAUUGUUUUCUCUAAUCAUGGUUACAGCAAGUCAGCUUACUUCUCUGGUGUUGGUAACAAGGUCUAGUGCUCAUGUCAACAUCUACAAGGCCGGGGAGCUCGCGUUAUGUUCCAUUAGCCUAGUGACUAGCCUUUUCAUUUGCUUGAGAAGUGCAACCAAAAUAACACACAAGGCACAGUCAAUUACAGGCCUUGCUACAAAGUGGCAUGUGUGCGCCACAUUACACUCUUUUGAUUACACAGAAACUGAGACUCCUAUGGCUCCGAUUUCUUCAACUCCGGCGUUUCCUUUUGGUGUCGACAUGGAAUCGGAAGAUGAAGAAGGUGUAGAAGAUGACGAUUUGGACAACACGAAGUUAGUACCAAUUUACAGUCAAACAAUCUCGUUCCAGAAAAGACAGUCUCUAGUGACAUAUUUGGAGAACAAUAGAGCAGGGAUAACAGUUUUCGGAUUCACGGUGGAUCGAAUGUGGCUUCACUCCAUUUUUGCAAUUCAACUGGCUCUUCUGCUAUGGCUGCUGAACAAGACGCUGGGUGUUUGAUGCACCCAUUGCCAUUGAGGAUGGUACCAAAACAAUGUAGUUAUAUGGGUCACUGAACUUUUUCUAUGGAAAAUGAUAUCGAUAGAUUUUGAUUUGAGGUCAUUAUAUAUUUUGAAAUUAGGAUUCAAUCAAUCAACAUUUGCGCUGUUUGCUAC